UCUUGUUUAGCACAUUGAACAUGGCCGCGUCCAUGAUUAGAAGUUUGAAUUAUACUGAACUGUCAAAUAGUGGUCAAUAAUAUUGUAUAUAAAUUAUUUGAGUUAGAAAUAUAUUAUUGUCCGUGCAUAUUUUUGAAAGUAUGCAGUACUAGGCGCGUGGGAAGUAUUUAGUCUUAUUACAUACGAAUAUAAAUACCAUAAAUACGAGCACAGCGACAUGAGAUAUGGCUCGUUCAUCGGUAUCAGCGCAAUGUGAUUUAAUGGCAUCGUAUAUGGACGGGAUUCACGUUAAAAUCGCAGAGGCCUAUAAACCACCAAGAAAAAUAUGUUUACCUGCUGCUUGUAAUAAUAAAUUACUGGACGUGACAAAAUUAACGUAUGACUUUAGCUUAGAACGAUCGGUACUUGAGAAGAUGACAGAAUGGCGUAAUGUUAGACAAGCAAAUAGCAAAGCACGGCAAGCGCGAUUGGAAGAGAAAAGAAGAAAAGAAAAGAAAGAAUCCUCACCGCCACCACCACCUCCAUUGCCCGAUGUUACAAAGCCUAUAAAUGCACCUGUGCCUGAAACAACAAUUCUUACUCCACAGCCUUUAUCUCCACCUGCCAAUGAUCUUCAAGAUCAUGUAAAAACAAAUGGUCUUGACUAUGCUGAUUUUGAUAACGAUACAAGUAGCCCGUUUGACAAUAUGGAAUUAAAAUCAAUCAAUGAGAUGGAAGAACUUGCUCAGGUAUUACAGCCUACAUCUCAAUGGGUGCCACUGGCGAAACUGGAGAAUAUAUUAAAUGACUUGACUGUUAAUGAUCAAUCAGAAAUUCAAAUGCAAGAGAAGAAUGAUAGCGUUAAAAAUGAAAUGAUUAAUCAAGAAGAAAAUAAUAAACAAGAAAAUAUUAAACAUCGCAGCGUAUCUGCGAUUGUACAAGAACUCCAAAGAGAUUUGAAAAGACCUAUAAUGAAGGAUUGGAAAUCUUGGCCAAAUUUAGAAAGUCCUGAUACUAGCUCUCAUGAAACUUUGAAACAGGGAGAAUCAGUGGUAACAAAUCAAGUAGCGAACGUACUAUCGGAUUUAACAGAGGAGGAUAAAAAGUUGGCUCGUCAUUUGAACGAUAUGGGAUUUCCUUUAUCGAGAGCCGCUCGUGCUAUACGUGAGUUAGGCGGUCAAGAUAAUAAAAAAAUUGUGGAAUAUUUAUUAACUGUCCAGUCUCUAGAGGAAAUAGGGAUUUCUGGAGAGGAUGCAGAGAAAGCUCUUACCCUUACAGAAUAUAAUCAAGGAAAAGCGAAAACCUAUUGUGAAAAUUUACGCACUUUACGAGACUUAGGUUUCCCUGAAGCAGAGGCAUCUGCCGCACUUUUAAAGUGUGAUAUUGAUCGCGACAGAGCUUUAGAUCUUCUAAUAUCUUGAACGUAGAAUUAUAUUUAUGAUAAUUAUUAUUAAUGUGGUCUAAACAAAUUUUUUAUUGUAUGAGAGUUAUAAAUUUGCU